AUGACAGACAUGAAGAGACUCCUCAGUAACUCAGCAGGAGAUAUGAGGGAAGCUUGGAUUGGUCUGCAUGAUCCACCAGGUGUCCAGAGAACAUGGUACUGGUCUCUGCCUGGAGAGGAGUUCAAUGAGAAAACUAACACAACCCAGAAAUACCACUUGAUUAGAGAGAAGAAGACGUGGCAGAAAGCUCAGAGUUACUGCAGAGAGAAUCACACAGACCUGGUCAGUGGACUGAAGCAGCUACAGGAUGGAGAGGUGGAGGAAAUGGUGAAGUCAGUGGGAGAAAAUACGGCAAUAUUCAUUGGUCUGUUCAGAGACACCUGGAGGUGGUCAGAUGGAAGCAGUUUCUCUUUCAGACACUGGAACACAGAUAAAGUGAUCCUGAUCAAAGAAAGUAAAACCUGGGAGGAAGCCUUGUACUACUGCAGAGAUCACCACCAUGACCUGGUCACCAUCACCAACCUGGAUGAGCAGAGAUGGGUCCAGGAGAAAGCCAAGAACGCCUCCACUGAUUAUGUCUGGAUGGGACUGCGCUACACCUGUACUCUGGAUUUCUGGUUCUGGGUCAGUGGCAAAGUGGUCAGUUAUAAGAACUGGGCUCCAGAAAGACUGAUGGAUGAUUGUGACAUGUCUGGAGCCAUGAAGACAGGAGGAAAACAUCAGUGGUUUAAAAGAAAUGACAGCGAAGAGUUGAAUUUCAUCUGUUUUAAGCGUUAA